ACUUCAAUGGAGACAUCCGGUACACGCAACCGGAAGUAAAAACGGAGAGUAGCAGCAGCUUGUAGCUAACGGAGGCUGCUAACAAAAUGGAAUUAUUAAAACAAGGCGCUGAAGCGCGGAUAUACAAAACUAUAUUUUUAGGGAGGCCGACAAUUGUAAAAGAGAGAUUCCAAAAACGUUACAGACAUCCAGUUCUGGAGGAAAAACUCACGCACCGAAGGACGGUACAAGAAGUUCGAGCCAUUCUUAGAUGUCGGAGAGCAGGCAUCUGCGCUCCUGCGGUCUACUUUGUGGACUACACCACUCACCGCAUCUUCCUGGAGGAAGUCCAAGAUAGCUCCACAGUGCGCGAGCACAUCGCCUCGUCCUGCGCUGCCGACGUGGCCCUGGAGGGUCUGGCUGAGAAAAUGGGUCAGAUGUUGGCCAGAAUGCACGACGAGGACGUGGUCCACGGAGACCUGACCACGUCUAAUUUGCUGCUGAGACGUCCCGAUGGACACGCAGAGACCGAGCUGGUCCUCAUUGACUUCGGUCUCAGUUCCAUCUCGGCUCUUCCAGAAGACAAAGGUGUGGAUUUGUAUGUGCUGGAAAAAGCGUUCCUCAGUUCUCAUCCCAACACGGAAGAAAUAUUCAGCAGGAUGCUGAAGAAGUACGCAGCUUCUUCCAAAAAGUCUGCAGCUGUCCUAAAAAAGCUGGACGAGGUUCGAUUGAGAGGUAGAAAACGAUCCAUGGUUGGAUGACAAGGAACUUUUAUUCUUAUUACUUUAUCACAAGAGCACAACAGUCAUAACUGUACAAAUAUCAUAUUCAUUUGCCCCCAUGCUUUUUAUUUAACAAACUUUGCUUCAUGUUUUAUUGUUUAUGUCAGGGGUCACCAACCUUUUUGAAACCAAAAGCUACUUCUUGGGUACUGUAUAAUGCGAAGGGCUACCAGUUUGAUACACACUUAAAUAAAUUGCCGGAAAUAGCCAUCCAUCCAUCCAUUUUCUACCGCUUAUUCCCUUUUUUCGAGGGGUCACGGGGGGCGCUAGCGCCUAUCAAUUUGCUCAAUUUACCUUUAAUAAAUAAAUCUAUAUAUAUAUAAAAAUUUGUAUUUCUGUCUGUCGUUCCAUUGUACAUUUUUUUUCCUUUUACGGAAAGUUUUCUGUAGACAAUAAAUGAUGAAAAAAACACUUAAUUGAACAGUUUAAAAAAGGAGAAAACACGAAAAAAAUUAAAAAUUAAAUUUUGACACAUAGUUUAUCUUCAAUUUCGACAAUUCAAAAUUCAACCGAAAAAAUUUAAGAGAAAAACUAGUUAAUUCGAAUCUUUUUGAAAAAAUUAAAAAAAGAAUUUAUGGAACAUCAUUAGUAAUUUUUCCUGAUUAGAAUUAAUUUUAGAAUUUUGAUGACAUGUUUUAAAUAGGGUAAAAUCCACUUUAAAAUAAGAUUAAAAUUUGAUCCUACAGAUUUUCUAGAUUUGCCCAAAUAAUUUUUUUGAAUUUUAAUCAUAAGUUUGAAGAAAUAUUUCACAAAUAUUCUUCCUCGAAAAAACAAGCUAAAAUGAAGAAUUAAAUUAAAUGUAUUUAUUAUUAUUUACAAUAAAAAAAAAAAAAAUACUUGAACGUUAAUUUAAAUUUUCGGGAAAGAAGAGGAAGGAAUUUAAAAGGUAAAAAGGUAUAUGUGUUUAAAAAUCAUAAAAACCUUUUUAAUUGUUGUAUUUUUUGUCUAAAAUUGUCUUUCUGGAAGUUAUAAAAAUAUAUACAUUUAUUUAAACAAGUGAAGACCAAGUCUUUAAAAUAUUUUCUUGGAUUUUCAAAUUCUAUUUUGAGUUUUGUCCCUCUUAGAAUUAAAAAUGUCGAGCAAAGUGAGACCAGCUUGCUAGUAAAUAAAUACAAUUAAAAAAUAGAGGCAGCUCACUGGUAAGUGCUGCUAUUUGAGCUAUUUUUAGAACAGGCCAGCGGGCGACUCAUCUGGUCCUUAUGGGCGACCUGGUGCCCGCGGGCACCUUGUUGGUGACCCCUGGUUUAUGUAAUCAUGACGUAAUGCAUCUGAAAAUAUGACUUUAAAAGCAAAUUGUACAAAUGUAACCAUUUCAUUAUGAAUAAAAAAAAAGAAGGUACGAUACAA